CAAAUCGAUAGAGUCUGCAUUUUUCAAAAGAAAAAAAAAAAGGAAAAACCUUUGUUUUCAAAAGAGCCAAAAUCGAAAUCUCACAAUGCAACAAAACCUGAUCUUCAAAUCCCAAUUUCUUCUUCCAAAAUGCUCUCUUCACCCAGUUGUUGAACCGAGCAUUCUAUUCCGAAGCCUCGUAUUCGGACGGAAAUCUCAGUUUCUGAGUACUUUUCCUAUGAUUCCCUACAAAACCCAGAUCCAGAAAUCGAUUAUAUGCGCGAGAAAGAACAGAAGGCGUUUUGGGUCUCAAAGAUGGAGGAAAUUGAUACUGGAUUUGAUUUCAAUUGCGGGUUUAAAUCUCAAGAUCUUGCCGCCGCCAUUGGAUCUUGUUAUGGGAGAAUUGAGUGGUGGGGACGGAGGAGGACAAGGAUUCUGGAGGAGUAUCGGAAGAGAGGUAUUUGAUGGGUCGAGAAGGAGGAGGAAAAGGAACAAAAAUUUAGGGUUCUGGGUUUCUCUAGGGUUUUUAAUCUUGUGUUUGUUGUUGAGUAAAGAACUGAAAAUUGAAGUGGUUUUUGGCAUUCUGGGUUUUGGAUUUUUUGGCAAUUUUUUAAUUAAGGAGAAGAAAAGGGGACCUAAAGAUUGGGUGUCUGCGCUAUGCUGUGUUGCUGUUUUGGUUGGUUUGGUGUACAGGGGAGAGGAGGCAUUAAAAUUUGCUAAGAAAAUUAGGGUUUCUUCUCCAAUGGUGGAGAUGGUGACAGGAGCUAGAAGGUAAAGCAGAGGAGCAUGGCAUUGCCAGAGAAAAGACUGUAAGACGAAGAUUUCCAUUUCUUUCUUUAGUCUGGUAGAUAGUAUAUGAUUCUUGACUGAAAUUGUUAAACAGAAUCUGCUUUUUUUUAUUAGGAUGAUAGAUGAUGAUUCUUUUACUUUCUUUCAUUUAUUUAAUUUUGCUCUCUUUUGUUCAAUAAUUGUAUCUGGAUUUCAGGUGAAGACAAACUUAUAUAUUGCUAGGAAUGUCUUGACACU